CUUCGGCUCCCGGGCGCUGUCCGCCGCCUCGUGGUGCUGAUCCCAGCCCCGCAGCUGAGCGGCCUUCGCACCUGCCUGCUCACCUCCCGAUCACCCGGAUAAGAAGCCGGGCGGGGGCAAAAAGGGAGCCUUGGGGUGGCCGCCCACCGGAGCCAGGGGCUGCAGCAGCGAGCGCACAGCAGCCCAGCCGCUGGUCCUGGAGUGGAGAGGAGGAGCGCGCUGGGCCGGCGGCGGCGCUGGUGCUGAUUCAUCACCUAGAGCUCCUCGCAGGCCACCGCCAGGGCAGCCGACAGGCUCCGGACACUGGCCGUAGGUUGAAGCCUCCGGUGCAGAAGCCUCGCGGGCAGGAGGUGAGGACCCCCUCCCUUCUCUCGCCCCCCGAUCAUCCUAGGGCGGUGGCUACAGGACAGAGAGAGGGGCGUGCCCCUCGGCUGUGAAGUGGGCAUGCCCGUGUGAUGCCCCCGCCUGCCGUCUCACCGGAGCUUGCCACGCUGAUCCUCCGCCGGUCUCCCGAGCUCCGGCCAUUCAUCCCCAGCGCAGAGCAGCGCGGGCAGCAGGCACCGCGAUGGAGGAAGAGCUGAAGUGUCCCGUGUGCGGCUCUCUGUUUCGGGAGCCCAUCAUCCUGCCCUGUUCCCACAAUGUCUGCCUCCCUUGCGCUCGUACCAUCGCGGUGCAGACCCCGGACGGCGAGCAGCACCUGCCCCAGCCGCUCCUGCUUUCCCGGAGCUCGGGGCUGCCCGCGGGUGCAGCUGCCGCUCCCUCUCUGGAGCACGACGCGGCGGCUGGCCUGGCCUGCAGCGGUGCGGGCGGGAGUGCAGCUGGCGGCCUCGGCGGCGGUGCUGGAGGUGGCGGAGACCACGCGGACAAGCUGAGCUUGUACAGCGAGACAGACAGCGGCUACGGAUCCUACACCCCGAGCCUCAAGUCCCCCAACGGGGUUCGUGUGCUGCCCAUGGUGCCUGCACCACCCGGCUCCUCAGCCGCUGCGGCCCGCGGUGCCGCCUGCUCCUCGCUGUCCUCGUCUUCGAGCUCCAUCACGUGCCCGCAGUGCCACCGCAGCGCCUCCUUGGACCAUCGUGGCUUGCGUGGCUUCCAGCGCAACCGGCUGCUCGAGGCCAUAGUGCAGCGGUACCAGCAGGGCCGCGGGGCAGUGCCGGGGGCGUCUGCAGCCGUGGCGGUGGCCAUCUGCCAGCUGUGCGACCGCACCCCUCCAGAGCCAGCAGCCACGCUCUGCGAGCAGUGCGACGUCCUCUACUGCUCUGCCUGCCAGCUUAAGUGCCAUCCAUCCCGGGGACCCUUCGCCAAGCAUCGCCUGGUGCAGCCGCCGCCGCCGCCGCCGCCCACGCCAGCCGAGGCAGCCUCCGCACCCACCGGUGCCACCCAGGGCGCCCCCAGCGGAGGCGGAGGCUGCAAGAGCCCAGGAGGCACUGGGGCUGGGGCGUCUGGGGGCAGCACGACCCGCAAGUUCCCCACGUGCCCGGAGCAUGAAAUGGAGAACUACAGUAUGUACUGCGUGAGCUGCCGAACCCCUGUGUGCUAUCUGUGCCUGGAGGAGGGCCGGCACACCAAGCACGAGGUGAAGCCGCUGGGGGCCAUGUGGAAACAGCACAAGGCACAACUAUCUCAGGCCUUAAACGGAGUUUCAGAUAAGGCAAAGGAAGCAAAGGAGUUUCUGGUUCAGCUAAAGAACAUACUGCAGCAGGUCCAGGAAAACGGACUGGACUACGAAGCCUGCCUGGUUGCUCAGUGUGAUGCCCUUGUGGAUGCUUUAACUCGUCAGAAAGCCAAGCUGCUCACCAAGGUGACUAAAGAGAGGGAGCACAAACUGAAGAUGGUUUGGGACCAGAUCAACCACUGCACAUUGAAACUGCGCCAGUCCACAGGACUGAUGGAAUAUUGCCUAGAGGUGAUCAAGGAGAACGACCCUGCUGGGUUCUUACAGAUCUCAGAUGCUCUGAUCAAGCGUGUCCAGGUGUCUCAGGAACAGUGGGUCAAAGGCGCCCUGGAGCCGAAAGUGUCUGCGGAGUUUGAUCUGACCUUGGACAGUGAGCCGCUGCUGCAGGCCAUCCACCAGCUGGACUUCAUUCAGAUGAAAUGUAGGGUGCCACCCGUCCCCCUACUGCAGCUGGAGAAAUGCUGCACCCGCAACAACAGUGUCACGCUGGCCUGGAGGAUGCCUCCCUUCACCCACAGCCCCGUGGACGGCUACAUCCUGGAGCUGGAUGACGGCGCGGGGGGUCAGUUCCGGGAAGUGUACGUUGGUAAGGAGACUUUGUGUACCAUCGAUGGUCUUCACUUCAACAGCACCUACAACGCCCGAGUGAAAGCUUUCAACUCUUCUGGUGUCGGGCCUUACAGUAAAACUGUCGUCCUGCAGACAUCCGAUGUGGCCUGGUUCACAUUUGACCCCAACUCUGGGCACCGGGACAUCAUUUUAUCCAAUGACAACCAGACAGCCACCUGCAGCAGCUAUGAUGACCGGGUGGUGCUUGGCACGGCCGCGUUCUCCAAGGGCGUACACUACUGGGAGCUGCACGUGGACCGGUACGACAACCACCCAGACCCUGCCUUUGGGGUGGCCAGGGCCAGCGUGGUCAAGGACAUGAUGCUGGGCAAGGACGACAAGGCCUGGGCCAUGUACGUGGACAACAACCGCAGCUGGUUCAUGCACUGCAACUCCCACACCAACAGGACGGAAGGCGGCGUAUGCAAAGGGGCCACCGUCGGCGUGCUGCUGGACCUGAAUAAGCACACCCUGACCUUCUUCAUCAACGGGCAGCAGCAGGGCCCCACAGCCUUCAGCCAGGUGGACGGGGUCUUCAUGCCAGCCCUCAGCCUCAACCGCAAUGUGCAGGUCACCCUGCACACAGGAUUGGAAGUGCCCACUAACCUGGGGCAGCCAAAGCUGUCAGGCAAUUAGCCCCGUUCCAGCUCGGCACGGCGCCUAUGACGGUGGCAUUCACAGGCAAAAUGCCCACCAUUCUCACUAAGCUCAAAUAACCCACAAAAGCAGGAUACGCAAGUCAUGGGUGCAACCUGGCAGCGUGGAAUGUCGUAGAGACACAUUUUCUUGGGGCACGGGGGAUGAGUCCACAGGCCGUGCCCCCGGCCGCCACAGUUGGUGGUAAAGGCGGGUACAUGUGCCACCCUUAUUCACCCAGACAUCACUCUUCAAGAAGGACCUUUCUCAAGGGAGUCAGCAUUUGGGCUUCAUGUCUAAGUUUCCUGCCAUCUGUUUUCAAAGCUUGUCUUUUUUUUGGAGGGAGAGGAAGGGAGACUUUGAGUCUGGCCUCCUGAGAGCGGCGAUCAGGAGCUGCGCGGUCAUCCCAUACCCCGGGUGUUGGCCCUCUGCUGGGACGCCACCUCCUCAGAGCCCCAAGGUUGCCGAUUCUUGUCAUGCUGAGAAAGUUCUCCUCUACUUCUUGGUCCUUGAGUCUUUAGUAGCACCUGCCACUUGCAGAUCCAAUGCAGGAUUGAUAGAAGGGGACAUUGAUCAUCAUGCUUGACUUUUGCCUCUCUCACUGAAGUGCUGAGAACCUUUUAAAAUGGCUUCCUUUAUUAAUCAGCCAAUUGCAUUCUUUCUUUCUCUCCCUUCUCCCUCUGUCUUUUCUUUUUCCUCCCUCCUUCUCU